AUGACAGCGUUACGUUCGUACGAAAAAUUUUUCGAUUCUAAAUUAGUUCCGCAUUUAAAAUCGUUGUUCUGUGAAAAAGUUCAUCAGCAGUGUUACAAUUUCUUGUUAUCUUAGAACGACACGAGCUACGACUCUGCAAUUUGGACUGCAAAAGGAGAAGACCAGAUUCAAUUUAAUUCACACUUCUGGAGUGCUAACGUGACUGAGGUGUGCUUAACCUCGACUGGAUUUGGUAUUCAACUUCCCGUGAAAGGUCCGUCGCUGCGCAGUUUAUUUUUCGAAAACAUCACAUUGGAAAUACCUAUAGAACAAUGGAUUGAUGGUAUCAAAAUCAAUAUCUCGCAUCUAAACUUCACUAACGCUUGUUUUAAAAGUGGUUUCAACGUAGGGGAUCCAAAUUCUGUUCGUGUUCGUUUAGGAGUUGUCAGCGUGGCUCCUCACGCGGGUAAGUAAGGCCAGGUUCAAGUCGCAUUUUGAUAUGUCGAAUACAACUCGCAUUAGAUUCGAGCGAAUUGAAUUCAUGCAAAAUUCGACACCAGUUUCAAACAAAUUUUGAAACGUCGAAUUUUGCAUGCAUGGAAUUCAAUUGGAAAGACGUAAAGCUUGAGACAUUAAUCUCGUUUAUAAGAAUAUUAAGGCUGAAAUAGGCAAGAACAUCUUUCAGAGGAAAGUAUGAAAGUAUAUGCUAUGCUGUCAUUGCUGCGAUGAAUCUAUUACAAACAGCUGGAAAAGUACCUUGUGGUACUGUACCCCUGAAAUUUAAGAAUGCCGUAAAAAUAUUUUAUUAAGCCCAAAUUUAUCAAAGCUACAGCUACAGUUUUGUAAAUGUAGUCAACUGCAACCACUUCGCUGUUACGUCCCAUGCAUCCUUAAAGGACAUUGGCGACCAAAAUUUUUAUUGCCUCAUCUGAAAGAGCAUGAAAAAUAAGCCGGUUGGCCGUUUAAUGCUCUAUUCUAUCUCAUCUAGUUCCGAAGUUAUACGAAAAAAUGUGCAAAAUAUAAAUUGCUGAUUCAGCACAGAGUGUGACGUCAUUAGUUGGGUAAGUAUGUUUAUUGAAUAGUAAACUGAAGCAUAGCUCAGUUAGUAUGGGACCAAAUCAAAUGAAAUUUUGCAUACUGAUUGUACAUGAUGAGACGCAUUGAAAAACGCUUCUAAUUUUGUUGCCAAGGUAACAAUGUCGUUCGCAGGCCCCUUGCGCCAAUUUUAUAAAACAGCUUUAUUCAUGGUACUGAUUAGGUUAAAAUAAUAUCAGAAGUAUGUGUACCAUACCUAUGCAUGCCAAAAGUCUACUUGCAUGAUAAUAAUUCGAAAAUGACAUACACAUAGAUAAAUGCAACUAGUUAUUCAAAAUCAGUGUAAGGGGCAUGGGAACGACUGUGUUGCCUUGACAACAAAAUUAGAAGUAUUUCCCAUGCGUCUCAUCAUGUACUAUCUGUAUGCAAAAUUUAAUUUGAUUUGAGCUAAUAAUAACUUAGCUAUGCUUUAGUUUACUAUUCAAUAAACAUACUUACCCAACUAAUGACGUCACACGUUGUGCUGAAUCAGCAAUUUAUAUUUUGUACAUUUUUGCGUAUAACUUCGGAACUAGAUGAGAUAGAACAGAGCAACGGCCAACCGGCUUAUUUUUUUAUGCCCUUUCAGAUGAAGCAAUAAAAAUUUUGGUUGCCAAUGUCCUUUAAACGAUAGUAAUUCCUAGUUUUAAAUUUAAUUUCGUCUAGGUUGUAGCUUAUCCGUGAAGGCGAUUGGCGUCGGUAUAAAGGUUGCUGGCAAGGAUUAUGGCAGCGUGCAUGGCUUGUACGCCAACACAAAUAAUCAUAUAAGUGAUGUGUCUUAUCAGGACGUCACCGUUUAUGUCCGUUCGCGUCCUGACCCGAGUGAAACUGUGCCAACUAUGAUGAUGCCGUAGUGAUUUUUUGUAAACAGUAUUAUUAGGAUAUAAUCUCGAACAGUCUGUUCCAGUGUAAGAAUAGCGACGAUAACAAGACAUGCUGCGGAAUUAGAGAAAUACAACCACUGAACUAUAAGUAAACUGGAAGGCUAACUCAGGGGGGGGGGAUUGAAGCCACUUCAAGCCAGUACAUUUUAAUUUUCUGAGUUAUGAGCAGAAAUAUUCAACACUGAACGUUGUGCUGUAUAUGAAACUGAAGCUAUUGAAAAACGCUAUUUGGUGUAGAAAUUUCAAGACUUUAGCUAAAAGGGAAAUAUUUAAAAACUACAAAAAUAAUUGCGGAUAAUUUGCCGUUCUUUGGCCGAAUGGCGGUUGUUUUUGUAUUUUUAAAAUAUUUUUCUUUUCGCUGAAGUCUUGAAAUUUCCACACCGAAUAGCAAUUUUCAAUAGCUUCAGUUUAAUAUAUAGCCCAAUGUUUGGGAUCAAGCUAAUAUUGCUCAAAACUCAGAAAAACUAUUUUGGCUUCAGCAAAUCAUAGGCCUUCAUCAUAGCAGUUAGCCUUCCAGUUUAUUUAUAGUUCAAUGGAUACAACUACUUGAAAAAUAUAAGCAGAAGUUCGACGUUUCGAGCGAAGGCCCUCGUUGGGCUAACUCCUAGUGUAAUGGAUUUGAUCUAGACAAGAAGAACGAAAUCAAUUACCACAGCUGGAAAGAGCAUCUUAAAAUGAGUGCAAUUGACCAUUUGCGUAAUAGACUAAAUUUUGAUCUAGACAAAAAUUUCAUCACAGCUUGAAAGAGCAUCACAAAAUUAGUAAUAUUCCAAAGUUUCGUUGCGAAAUGUUGUAAAAUGCGGAAAAUAUAGCCUUGCGAAAUUUGCAAUUUUCAGUCAUUUUAGAUUACAAACCGGAAAUUGACAGCCUCG